AUGCAGAAAAGCGUGCGCUACAACGAGGGACAUGCCUUGUACCUGGCCAUGCUGGCCCGCAAGGAAGGCACCAAGCGCGGUUACCUGACCAAGAAGACGGCGGAGACGAGCCGCUGGCAUGAGAAGUGGUUCGCGCUCUAUCAGAACAUGCUCUUCUACUUCGAGAGCGAGCAGAGCACCCGGCCCGCCGGCGUGUAUAUGCUGGAAGGCUGCACCUGUGAGAGGACGCCCGCGCCCAAGGGUGCUUCCGCCGGCAGCGCCAAAGACGCGGCGUUGGACAAGCAGACAUAUUUUACUGUCCUCUUUGGCCAUGAAGGGCAGAAACCACUUGAGCUCCGUUGUGACGAGGAAGUUGAUGGAGACGAAUGGGUAGAGGCUAUUCACCAAGCUAGCUACUCGGAUAUUCUGAUUGAGAGGGAGGUAUUGAUGCAAAAAUAUAUCCAUCUAGUUCAGAUUGUAGAGACUGAAAAGAUUUCAGCCAAUCAGCUAAGACAUCAGCUAGAAGAUCAAGACACAGAAAUUGAAAGGCUUAAAUCAGAGAUUGUAGCUCUCAAUAAGACGAAAGAACGAAUGCGACCUUAUCAAAAUAACCAAGAAGAAGAAGAUCCUGAUAUUAAAAAAAUUAAAAAGGUUCAGAGUUUUAUGCGAGGUUGGCUGUGUAGAAGAAAAUGGAAGACAAUUGUCCAAGAUUACAUUUGCUCUCCACAUGCAGAAAGUAUGCGGAAGAGAAACCAGAUAGUUUUUAACAUGGUCGAGGCUGAAUCUGAGUAUGUGCAUCAGCUUUACAUCCUUGUGAAUUGUUUCCUAAGACCAUUAAGGAUGGCUGCAAGCUCAAAGAAACCACCAAUUAGUCAUGAUGAUGUCAGCAGUAUAUUCCUUAACAGUGAAACCAUAAUGUUUCUUCAUGAAAUAUUUCAUCAAGGAUUAAAAGCAAGAAUAGCAAAUUGGCCUACUUUAAUUUUAGCUGAUUUAUUUGAUAUCCUGCUACCUAUGCUGAAUAUUUAUCAAGAAUUCGUUCGGAAUCACCAGUAUAGUCUUCAAGUUCUUGCAAACUGUAAGCAGAACAGAGAUUUUGACAAACUCUUGAAGCAAUAUGAAGCCAAUCCUGCAUGUGAGGGACGGAUGCUUGAGACAUUUCUGACUUACCCUAUGUUUCAGAUUCCUAGAUACAUUAUAACAUUACAUGAACUUCUGGCUCAUACACCACAUGAACAUGUGGAGAGAAAGAGUCUUGAAUUUGCUAAAUCAAAACUAGAAGAACUUUCAAGAGUGAUGCAUGAUGAAGUAAGUGACACAGAAAACAUACGGAAAAAUCUUGCAAUAGAAAGAAUGAUAGUGGAGGGUUGUGAUAUAUUAUUGGACACAAGCCAGACUUUUAUACGACAAGGUACUCUUAUUCAGGUCCCUUCAGUUGAGAGGGGAAAACUUAGUAAAGUUCGUCUGGGAUCAUUGUCUUUGAAAAAAGAAGGUGAAAGACAAUGUUUUUUAUUUACAAAACACUUUUUAAUUUGUACAAGGAGCUCUGGAGGAAAGCUGCACCUGCUUAAGGCAGGAGGUGUUCUCUCGUUAAUAGAAUGCACACUAAUUGAGGAAACUGAUAUGAAUGAUGAUGACUCAAAAGGUUCCGGGCAAGUGUUUGGACAUCUUGAUUUCAAGAUCGUGGUAGAACCACCUGAUGCUCCUCCUUUCACUGUUGUACUGUUAGCCCCUUCACGGCAGGAAAAAGCAGCGUGGACAAGUGACAUUAGUCAGUGCAUUGACAAUAUACGGUGCAAUGGUUUAAUGACCAUAGUAUUUGAAGAAAACUCCAAAGUAACUGUGCCACAUAUGAUCAAAUCUGAUGCUCGCCUUCACAGAGAUGACGUUGACAUUUGCUUCAGCAAAACAUUAAAUUCCUGCAAAGUGCCCCAGAUUCGUUAUGCAAGUGUAGAACGCCUUUUGGAGAGAUUAACCGACUUGCGAUUUCUCAGUAUUGAUUUUCUUAAUACUUUCCUACAUACUUAUCGCAUAUUUACUACUGCUGCAGUUGUACUAGAGAAACUUUCAGACAUAUACAAAAGGCCUUUGAGCUCAAUCCCUGUUCGCUCUUUGGAGUUGUUUUUUGCUACUAAUCAAAACAGCAGAGGAGAACAUCUGGCUGAUGCAAAAUCACCACAUCUCUGCCGCAAAUUCUCUUCUCCUCCACCUCUGUCACUUUCUAGAACGUCCUCUCCUGUCACAACCAGAAAACUGUCAUUAAGUUCUCCACUGAAUUCACGAUUAGGAGCAUUAGAUCUAUCCACUUCUUCCCUUGCUAGUAGUCCUACCUCAACAUACAGCCCUGCCACAUCACCACCACCUACAUCUUCUAAAGUACCACUGGAUCUUAGCAAAGGUCCUUCAUCUCCAGAACAAAGUCCAGGUUUCACAGAAGAAAAUUCAGAGAAUCCACGUAUUGAGCUUUGCAACAAAUUAAGGAGGAGCAUUCGAAGAGCGGUUCUAGAGUCUGUGUCAGUGGACCGCACAAUACCAGAAAGUGCCUCAACUGUGGAUACACCUGAACUUUCGCCAUGUAGAUCUCCUUCAACUCCACGACAUCUACGUUAUCGACCACCAGGAGUACAGACCACUGACAACAGUCAUUGUUCUGUUUCCCCUGCUUCUGCUUUUGCCAUUGCUACAGCUGCAGCUGGCCAUGGAAGUCCACCAGGAUUUAAUAACAAUGAACGAACAUGUGAUAAAGAGUUCAUAAUACGUCGAGCAGCCACCAAUCGUGUUCUGAAUGUCCUUCGCCACUGGGUCUCAAAACAUUCUCAGGAUUUUGAGCUAAAUAAUGAACUGAAAAUGAAUGUUCUAAAUCUGCUAGAAGAAGUUUUGAGAGACCCUGACCUUUUGCCACAAGAAAGAAAGGCAACAGCAAACAUACUGAGGGCAUUUUCUCAAGAGGAUCAAGAUGACCCUCACUUAAAAAUGGAGGAUAUAUUGCAGAUGUUAGAAAGUCCAAAACCAGAGUGCUUUGAAACUUUAUCAGCCAUGGAGCUUGCUGAGCAAAUAACACUCUUGGAUCACAUUGUUUUCAGAAGCAUACCCUACGAAGAGUUUCUUGGGCAGGGCUGGAUGAAACUGGAUAAAAAUGAAAGGACACCUUAUAUUAUGAAAACUAGCCAACACUUUAACGAUAUGAGCAACCUUGUGGCCUCCCAAAUUAUGAAUUACGCGGAUGUUACCUCACGUGCUAAUGCAAUUGAGAAAUGGGUAGCAGUGGCUGACAUCUGCCGAUGUUUGCAUAACUACAACGGUGUGCUUGAAAUCACAUCAGCCUUGAAUAGAAGUGCAAUCUACAGACUGAAGAAAACAUGGGCUAAGAUUUCUAAACAGAGUAAAGCUCUUAUGGAUAAGCUUCAGAAGACUGUUUCAUCUGAGGGAAGAUUUAAAAAUCUCAGAGAAACACUCAAGAAUUGUAAUCCCCCCUCAGUGCCAUAUCUUGGGAUGUACUUGACAGACUUGGCAUUUAUUGAAGAAGGAACACCUAACUUUACUGAAGAAGGCCUUGUCAAUUUUUCCAAAAUGCGAAUGAUAUCGCAUAUUAUCAGGGAGGUACGCCAGUUUCAGCAGACAUCCUAUCGCAUAGAACAUCAACAAAAGGUCACUCAGUACUUACUUGACAAGAGUCUCAUCAUAGAUGAAGAUACAUUGUAUGAGCUAUCCCUAACAAUUGAACCCAGACUGCCUGCUUGA